CUAUCAACACACACAACGCUAUGCCGGGCAUUGUGCGCAAACUGCUCGUCUACGCCGCCGUGGACGGCCUGGUACUACAAAGCGUCGCGCCCCACAGUCAUGCGCCUGCACCUAAGCAGGCCAUCAAGAUCGACUACAAGGGCAACGUCGGACCACUGCUCAAGGAUCGACGCGACGAGGAUGCUGCGCCGAUAUCCCUGGAGGCGCACGGCGUUGUGGGCCUUUUGAAAGUCGCGACUUCGCACUUCCUCAUAUCGAUAUGCGACCGGGAGCAGGUCGCGCAGAUUCGCGGCAAGCCAAUCUACAAGAUUACUGAUGUCGCCCUUAUCCCACUCUCAUCGCAGGCCGACGCCGACAAGGCUAUUGCGGCUACGCGCGAACACCUGCAUCGACAUAAUAAGGCGCAGAUGGCUGGGGAAGAAGAGACGGACUCUGAGAAUGAAGACGAUGCGCAUAGCAUGACUGAUUCGCUGGUGGAGGAGGCAACGACCGAGACGACGGAGGUCAAGGAUCCAGUUACGGGACAGAAGGGCCCGGCGGAUCCGAAGUCUAGUGUUGCCGAGGAUGUCAUGCAGCGCAAAGGAGCAUAUGGCAUGUUCGCUGAUAAAUGGUUCUCGAGGAAGGGGUGGAGCACUGAUAGUAGGCGUACCCAGGGCUUGACUUCUGACGAGAAAUUGGCUGCGAAGAGCGUCCCGCAGGAUGUUGCAUCCACGAUCCCCAAGAAAGAGGAACAAGCCACUGGCGAGUCGAAGCCAGAUGCGAUACCCACGGAAGACAAGAAUGUAGCGGAUGUUAGCCCUGAGGAUAUUCCCAAGGCUUUGGACGGUGAGAAGGAUGCUACGACUAUCGCACUACUGCCCAAGAUCUUGCAGACGACGAGGAUGUACUUUUCUUCUGGCAACUUCUUUUUCUCCUACGAACAUGACUUGUCGCAUAGCGUCGGCAAGCAAAACCCUACUCCUAGUCUGCCCCUCUUCAAGCAGUACGAUCCUUUGUUUUUCUGGAACCAACACAUCGUCUCGCCAUUUGUUGAGGCUGGCCAGCAUGCGUUCAUCCUUCCUGUCAUUCAGGGAUUCGUGGGACAACGACCAUUCACGAUCAAAGCGGCAAACUCCCAGUCUGGCAGUUUAGUGGUGGACUCGGCAGCGACUCCAGACGACAUUCAACUACAAUCCUGGAAAGACAAGCAGGAGAAGGAGACGGAAUCGAGCUCGGAAGCGAAACCCUCCACGCCGCCAGUGGCGCCUGCAGAUGGCAAAGACUUCGUAUUAACGCUCAUCUCUCGAAGAUCGAUUAAGCGAGCUGGGCUUCGAUAUCUACGUCGAGGAAUCGAUGAUGAGGGUUGUACUGCCAAUAGUGUCGAGACAGAGCAAAUUCUCUCAUCCCCGACGUGGAACACCUCGCAAGACAAGAUAUUUUCCUUCACGCAGAUCCGCGGCUCUAUCCCUCUCUUCUUUUCACAAUCACCGUAUAGUUUGAAGCCUCAAGUCACUACCUGGGGGUCUUUCGAGACAAAUGCCACAGCCUUUAAGCGCCACUUUACCGAUCUUUCCUCGCGAUACGGAGAGCUGUACUGCGCGUCUCUCAUCGACAAAAAAGGCACAGAAGCGAAGAUUGGCGAGCUGUACGAAAAACACGCACAGGCACUCAAUGAAAAUGGGGGUAUGGACGGGCAGGGCAAGCAGCUCGGUUUUGAGUGGUUCGACUUCCACAACGUCUGCCGUGGCAUGCGCUUUGAAAACGUUUCCGUUCUGAUGUCUACUCUUGGCCCUUUCUUGGACUCCACAGGUUGGACGGAAAUCUCUGACGAUGAAAUCAAACACCAACAAUCAGGCGUCCUUCGCACGAACUGUAUGGACUGUCUAGAUCGCACAAACGUCGUACAAUCUGCUUGUGCAAGGACAGCUUUGGAAGGACAACUCUCGGCAGGCAGCUACACCAUCGACUUGCAAAACGACCCAAGCACCAGCUGGUUCAACACGCUCUGGGCCGACAACGGCGACGCCAUCUCCCGCCAAUACGCCGGCACCGCCGCGCUCAAGGGCGACUUCACACGCACACGCAAACGCCAAAUCACCGGCGCGCUGACAGAUUUCGGCCUCACUCUCACUCGAUACUACAACAACAUCGUCAACGACUACUUCGCCCAAGCCGUGAUCGACUACCUCCUCGGCCGCGCAACAGACACCAUCUUCGCCGAAUUCGAAGCCGACAUGAAAAGCAGCGACUACUUCAUCGACGUGCGCAAAGUCCGCCAACAAGCCAUCGACCGCUCAGCAGGCAUCGUCAUCGAAUCCCCGGACGAAGACCUGAUCCACGGCUGGACUCUCAGCGUCCCCACCCAAGCAAACCACACUAAAACCGCAGGCUUCGAAGAGGCUGUCCUGCUGCUCACCCAGAAAGCAGUCUACUUCUGCCGUCUGGACUGGGGCACCGAGAAGGUCCGCGAGUUUGAACGCAUCGACUUGGCUGAUGUGCAGGGUCUAGUCAAGGGCGUGUACAUUACUUCCACGCUGGCACAGCGCCACAUGGAUGCGGAUAAAAACGUCGGCCUGCUCCUCCGCUACCGCACGCAAGGCGGCGCCGAGCUCGUCCGCCGAAAUACACGCGCCUUGGAUUCCGGCGCGUCGGACGAUACAGCGGAGCCGAGUACAGCCACGCAGCGCUUCCUAGCUUUCAAGGCCCUGCCGCCCCCGUCGUCUGCAGCCGGCGCUCAUGAUUCCCCGCAGACGGAGAUGCAGAUCGUAAGCAGUAUUUGCGAGGAGAUUGUGCGCGUUGCGCCGAAGACGUUGGAGGUGGAGGAGAGGGAUAUAGUUAGUCUGGCUGAGGCGAGGAGGAGUACGGGGUAUCUGGAGCAGAUUGGGUAUUCGUUGAAGAAGUUGGUGUGGGCUUAGCUUUUUGGGGGGGUGGGGGAUGGGAGAGCAGGGAGAGGGAGAGCAGAGGUGGGGGGGAGGAGGUAAUUCCUAAUACGAAAUAUUGCUGUUUUCCUGGUUUCUGGAGAUCUGGAUAUACUCGAGUGAAUGGUAUCUGCGCAUACUGGUGGUACUCGUUCUGGAUUGUCCCAUCUACACCGUUGUACAGAUCUUGAGGUUCCGUAGACUGCGGUGCGUAUACCCUGGGGGGGAGGGGGGGAUGAGAGGACUCAAUUGAGCGAGAGCGCGAUGGUCUGCUUGAUGUCAUUUGCUGCUGAGUUGAAAUGCUUACUGAGUGCUUGAGGAAAGCUAUUCUAAUCGCAACAUAUGAUCGUUUUCCUUGGGUUGAUGAGCACCUGCAUCAAGCAGUAUCUUAACUACCUGUUCGUAGCCCC